AUGUUCCAGAAACGUGACCCCCCCCCCUUUUUUCCCUUUUCACAAUAUCAGAGCAGUAUCAUUCAUCCAUUAUCCACAACUCUUGUUGGCGAAAUAUCCAAAGAAUGUGAGUUUGUGGUCUUCACUUUAAAACGUUCAUCUGACUUUUAGUAAAAAUGGAAUUCGGAGCGGCCAUUGCUUACAAAAAAAUCGACGCGCAAGUGGAGACGACGCUCCAGGCGGCCGCGCAAGUGCUCCGCGAGCUCGACAUUCAGCAGGACGACGAGAUAUCCGAGAAGAAGCAGCAGAAGCCGAAGAAGAGUUAGUUCGACAUGAUCACAAAAGCAUAUUUUAUCUCAUUCGUUUCAGAGACGCUCAAAAUGACGCACAAAGCGGUUUCGGUGACGAGUUGCUCGAUGAGCAGUUGCGACGAGCAGGAGCCGGAGCAGGAGCCGGAGCCCAAAGCGACCAUCCGCACUCCGAUCGAUGCGAGGAACAGAAAUCGGAAGAUAUACUUUCCUCCUGCCAAAAUCGGCUUUGUGAGCUUCGACACUUCGGACGUGACUUCGAUGGAUCCGAUCACCACCACUCCGGACUCGUAAGCAUACUAACGGACUAUUUCUUUUAAGAAAAAAGUGCUUCCAGGCUGUUCCCGAGUGCGAUCUACAUUCCGGCGGGCAAAGGAGCCAAGCAAGUGGUCCGUCCACUUUAUCAAAGUUUCAUAGAAUAAUCGAGAAGGUUGCAGAUCUCUUCGAGUUCCUCCUCGUGCGAGAGUUCCCGUCGGAGCACUUGCUCGGACUCUGACAUGGCGGGGCUCAAUGCCGGACAUCACAUUUUUUAUGGGAAGAUGGGCAACGACCCGCUCUUCGACAUUAAACAUUUGUGAGCUUCUCCUCUUUUCCGUUUCAGUUGCUUAGCUUCUAACUUGUGCCAUGAUCAUGUAACAACAAAAGCGGCACAUUCGAAGACAAAUAUCGCCCAGGCUUCUCCAGGCCUGAAUUAUUUGAGUUUUUUGCGCAAAUUUGCCAAAAUUGCAACAUUUCCGCAACAGCUUUCGCUCAACUUGCCAGCUGAAGUUGCGUACGCUUAGCGCGGUUUGCCGAGUAUUGGAACUGGGCGAAAAGUCUCAAUCACUGUCAAUUCUUUCAGGAAGUGUCGCGUGAAGAAGUCAAAGCCGGACAGUCUCUUCCCGGAGGCCUCCUACGACGCGGGCACCGGAAAGCCCAUACUAGAGGUGAGAUUGUCCGAUCAUUUGUUUUGUGGGGCCCACCGAAACGAUUGCAGCUCUCUCCGAUGUCGUCGGCCGCUUCUUCCGAGUUCUCGCGCUCCUCCUCGGCCGACACUUCCAGCCUCAUCUACCAGCCGAUGGUAUCGAUUUUUUCCAGUUUUCUUCUUGAAAUCCAUAUUUUAAGGAGUUUACCUCGAAAGACGGACGUGUCAAGAUGCUUCUGCAGCCGAUGGAGGCGAAGAAGGAAAAGGCGACUCUUGGCGACUUUCCGAUUGUUCCGAAACAAUUGGAGUCGUGCCACAAGGUCUGUUUCUCUUGAUUUUGGAAACAUUAUGGUUUUUUGUUUAGCUCAAAAUCGAGCGCACGAAAUUCUCGACGAAACUCGCGAUCGGCGCCCACUCGAUCGAUUUGUCGGGCAUUUUCAGCGGACCGGCGCUCAAAAAGGAGGAUUUGACCAAAUUGAUCAUCAACGGACAGUCUUACUCGUGGGAUUUCCUAUUUUUUCAAGCCAAAUUUUAAUUUGCAUUUUCCAGGAUCUAA